GCUCAGUUUUAUUUCGGUUUCUCGUCGACACGCAAGUGAACCCUGGUGAAAUCGGCGUGGCAGAAGUAUUUUUCAAGUGAAUGAAACUACUGCAUUACCCCCGGAGAGCAAGUGGGAGGCGUUCUUCAUAAACAAGUUACGCCGCGAAAUAAUUUUAACAAAGAACUCGGGAGAAAAAUAUAUUUUUCCCAAAAACAUAGCAUAACGAGUGCGGACAACGCAAAAAGAAGAAAGCGAAAUGUGAGUUGAGAGCAAGAUCAGUUUGCUCCUCUCUCUCUCCGAUGCGGACUUGCGCUCUUCACUUUCAACGUUCCAUACAGUUACAGUUUGUUAUUAUUUGUUUUUUACUCUGUCAUUUGUUUUGCCAUUUUGCUCUCAGACGACUUUCCCAAACUGCAAGUGUACAUUUACGAAAACGAAGUGGAGUGCAAGGCAAGCCACAUUACAAAUGGCAGUGUGUGUAAACUCGUCGUGAAAUUGUGAAUAUGGAUGCUCAGUUUGAGCACUUGUGCCGCAUUUGCGCGGCCAAUACGAAAAGCAAAACUAACUCUGUUACCGAGAGUGUGUUCAUAUUCAAGACACAAGGUCUGAAGGAUAAAAUAUCGCGGCACCUAUACUUAAAUGUGGCUGAAGAUGAUCCACUGCCCAAAGUGCUAUGCAAGUCCUGUUAUCGGCAGGUUGAGGCCACGGCAUCGCUCUCAAAUAUAGCUAAACACACUCAGCUCGUGUUUCGGGACUUUUUACUUAGCACACUACCGAAGAAUGACCGCGAGGCAGCUGCCGCGCGGCUGAACGUUCCACCAGCGUCCCAGAUUUCUGCCCAAAGCGAAGGAAACCAGCGGCAGCCCGAUGAAUUCCGUCCUAUUAUGCUGACCCGUGCUCCGGAAACAACCACUACAUUGUCCAGGCCCCAGGAGGGCCAGAAAGCCAGAGAGGUAAAUUUGGAGUCUUGUCGGGGAAGCCCUCUGUCUGCUUCAUUACCAUCCUCUGGCACUGGCAAUGUUCCCAAAACAGGAAAGAAUAUAGUGCCGGCGCGACGCAACAGCGUGUUUAUGGAUAGCUUCUGUGGAUCAGCCCCCAUGUCUAUAGCACAGCGCUCCAUGCAGCAUCUUCCCUCUUUGGUUCCUCUGAAUUUCGAGCCAUCGGCUUCAAGUGCACCCAAGAAGAACCCAGACACAAAACUGGGGCCAGGAGGAGUAAUAAACUUUAUCCAAACCCAUGGUCGCAUUACAGGCAAUGUGCCCGUGUCCGGUAAAGAGAGGAAGGCCAAUAUCAACAGUCGGAAGGACAUAAGAAACACAGCUUCAAUGCCAUUAACUCUUACCGCCAGCAACGCAGGAAUGCCUAAUCUACCUAAAAAUUUGUUUCAGCAGAAAAGCAGAAAUCUCAAAAACACUCUGAACAAUAUUAAGGCCAUGCGGAGCGGACAGGUAUCACUGCUUAAGUCGGCGCAAGUUCAAAAACCAGCUGAUGGUAUAAGACCACUUGUUACUACUACUUUAGUGCCCCAAUAUGGAGGGGAGCCUUCGGUGGAAGAAGCUCUGCCGGAGCACAUGAUUUUUGCGGCGCCAAAAAAGAAAAGGGAGGAUGAACUGAGUCCUCAGACGGAUCCACCGAAAUUAAAAAAAUACGCACCAAGUAAAUCCAAGGUAAUGUCUGCCACUCUGGACUUACUUUCGACGGUUGAUCCGCCAGCUUCAUCCGCAUCUAAAUCGGCGCCCAACGUAAGAAACCUUACUGAUGCAAUCUCUUUGGGAAGCGUUAUAAGAGAUCCAGACUUAUUGAUGCUCAUUCUAAAGGCACUCAAGUGGUCAGUUACAACAGAAAAUUGCGAAGAGCAAAUGACACGGUUAAAAAGUUCCAAGUUUGCUGUUAUUAUGUCGGAUAAUAACCUCCUACAAGACACAGAUCUCACCCAGCUUUUAGGCCCAUACUUAGCCCCAAUGCUGUCGGUUGUUCAGCAACAAGAUCAGCUACCGGUAUCAUCAGCUAUCGCUUCUACAAACAUGACCACUUCUGUGCAAGUUACGCAGGAUGUACUAAACCUGUCUGACUUAUCAAGUACAAUGCCUUACAAACUGCCGCCAGAGACGUCGGUUCAGUUAGUGCCUUCUAGUCCCACAGAGCAAGAAAUGCCGCCACUGCGGCACACAAAGGCGAUCGGCGUUUCAGUAAAACGUCCCACACGAAUGAUGCGUUCCCACGACUUGCCUAUUGGAGACAAGUCGGGCACGAUAACGACGGUUUCAGCUUCAAAUGCAGUGCAUAUUAGUAAUGAACUAUCUAAUAUUAACGCAAAGCUUAUUUCACAAUUCGGAUCAAAUCCAGCCGAUGCGCUGAACGAAGCGCUUAUCUCUCUUCUUAACCAGCACCAAAAAGUACCGAAAGAUCAGCGCCACACUAGCCGGCGUCGUAGUGGCAGCUUAGUUAAUUUGGAAGAUAUUGUACUGGUCGAACCACAGCCGCCAUUAGAGGCCGAACCUUCAGCUGAAGAAUACUCUGAAAGCGUCAGCUUUUUUCCGCAAGCCCGAUCAACACCUGCUGACGUAACCCGUCCAAUUGUUAAAAGGCGUAAGACUGUUAUUCAAUCUUCAAAGCCUUCCACAGUAGUAGAUUCUAAUCCAGAAAAACCUCAAACUCUAAAGAAUACAAAAGAUCAGUGCUCUUCGAAAGAGUCAGCUGUGCCAAGGCAAUUGAAAAAAAUUGAAAUUGAGGAUGAAUCGACAGUUAAGGUAAAACCUGCAGGUGAGCCGUCCCAGGCACCUACAAGUACCGUAUUGGAAAAUGCAAACGAAUCCAACGUGAUGUCUACGAGUGCAGAAGAUCAUUCUGUAAUCAUUGAGUCAGGCGCAGAGAACGAGGCCAGCGAGGAUACUGAAAAUAGCAAAGCUGGGGCGGUCUCACGAAAGUCAGAAGUCAAGGCAGUGCUAGGACAAAAGCUUUUGGAGGCAAUCGGCCUUCCUCAGUUAGGAAAGGACAUAGCGCCCGAGAGUUCGCGGGACACCCUAAGAAGCGCUUUAAAACGAUCUAUAAAGCAGGCCCAGGAGCAACAAAAGCAGCUGAAGCGAGGCAAGCAAGAAGAACCUGUAAAGCAACUGGCAGACUCAACAACAAAGAUCAACUCGGCUGAAUCAGCAGACGAGCAUAAAAAAGCCAUUGCUGAGCGAGAACUUGCCCUGCUGAAUCGUGGCCAAAAUUCCGGGGAAGAAAGCAAAGUUUCCGUUAAAGAGGAAACGUCGGAGCGGACUGAUGUUAGUUCUUCUUCGUCAAGAAAUCGCCGAAGUCGUAAAUCCAAGACAGACGCCACGGCCGAGGAUUCUGGCGAUGAAGAAAAAAAAAACAUUCGAUGGGAUGAAGACGAUGACUUGCCAUUGAAAACAGAUGCAGAAAAGGCUGCAGGGCGGAAUGGCAACAGCAGCAAUCGCCCGACUCGCACUAGCAAGACAUUAUCGAAAUACUAUAAAGGACCUUCUGCUAAAUCACAGCAUGCCAUGGGUACACGCUCGACGCGGCAGCGUUAAGAUGUUGUUCUACCAAACACAAGCUGAUUUUUUGCAGAUUUAUUUUAAGCAAAUUUAAAAAUAGCUCCUCCCGUUGUAAAAACUGAACUGUGUACAAUGUACAUGCAAAUGAAAAAAAAUUGUUAAGAUAUACUACUAAUUAGUAUUAGUAUAUUGUAAAAGUCUAGAGCUCACAACCCAACGUUUUGACUAAUGAGUAGUAAAACUAUUUGAAAACGAUACAACUUAAAGUAUACUCUCAACUGUAAACAUAUUGAAGAAUUAAUAAGCACUAAAGGGCUUCUUGAUCUUUUGAUGUAUACAUAAAAAAAAAACUUCGAAGUGUUAAAUUGAAAAGAAAUUUUGGUCUUUAAACCUUUAGGUCUUUUUAUAAUUAUAUUUAAUUGCAAAAACAACAUUGUUUACAAACCAGAUGCUAUGAAUGCUAAAAGGAAAUAUACAUUAUGUUUAUCAAGUACAUAUGUAAAUAUAAAUUAUUAUUGUCAUUAAUGUUCACCAACAAUUCGAACAGUUCUCUGACUUAAACAAACUUAUGUGAAAUGAGAAAAAAACAUUAAAAACAGAAAUUUUUUCUUUCUUUUCUUAAACAUUUACCAAUAAAUUAAACUGCUUUUUGUAACGGCUAUUAAAAGUUAAUUUUUUCUGAUAUCCCAGAGCAUAGAUUAAACAACC